AUGCUCCAAUCUCCGGGUCAUCGAGUCUGGUUGAUCACCGGUGCAUCGUCUGGCUUUGGUCGCGCUUUAUGCGAUCUCGUGCUCAAGAAUGGCGAGUCAGUCGUCGCGGCCGCCCGUCGUACGCACAUGCUCGACGACCUCGUGCGCCAGUACUCCGCCGACCGCAUCCUCGUGGUCAGGAUGGACGUCACCCAACCUCACGAUGUCUCCCAUGUGUUUUCUCGAGCCAAGGGCGCGUUCGGACAUGUCGACGUCGUCUUUAACAACGCCGGCUAUGGGGGUCUGGGAGAGGUAGAGAGUGUCCAAGACGCCGAUGCGCGCGGAUUGCUUGAGACCAACUUUUGGGGCGCGGUUAGCGUUACCCGCGAAGCCGUCAACUUCUUCCGCGAGUCCAAUCCUUCAGGGGCCGGAGGCCGUCUCCUCCAGAUGUCUUCCAUGUUUGGAAUCGCCGGCUCACCCUGCCUAGCUUUCUAUUCCGCGUCAAAACAUGCUUUGGAAGGAUUUACGAAGAGCAUCGUUCAGGAGCUUGACCCCGCUUGGAACAUCAAAAUCACCAUACUCGAGCCGGGCUUCUUCCAGACGGAGGUUGUGAAGGUAGCAAAAUGGAGCCCCACUCACCCGGCAUAUGUCAAGCCCACAUUACCAGGUUCCUCCAUGCGAGCGGGUUGGGACUCUUUCGUUCUGCCGGGGGACCCCACAAAGGCUGCGGAGGCGUUAUAUCGGGCCGCUUCAAUCCAGAACCCCCCUCUGCAUCUCGUACUUGGGAAGGAUGCGAUUGCGCUGGCGAAGAAAGAAGCGGCUGAACUACAGGACACCAUCGCGCGCUUCGAAGAUUGGUCAAACGACCUAGAGCUCCCGUCGGGAAAAGGCACAGCGUACGAAGGCACGGCCUCUGCAGGAGCUCAUACAGGGACUGGCGGUGCGAUGUCGGGGAUCGUACCAAAGCUCUGA